AUGCGCGGUGUGGAUAUGAAAAAGGAUCAAUCUUUCUUUUUAUGUCAUUUGAAAGAUUCUCUAUUACCGUUCAUUCAGUUUCCUAUCGGUGGAAUGAUGAAAUCUGAUGUGAAACGAUUAGCAAAUGAAAUGAAUUUGCAGAGAAUAUCUCAAAAGGCAGAAAGCAUGGGUUUAUGUUUCAUUGGCAAACGCAAAUUUUCUCGUUUUAUUUCUCAAUAUAUCCCUGAUAAGGUCGGGACGAUUAAAUCUAUCGAAACCAAUGAAAUUAUCGGUGAACACGACGGUCUGCAUCGGUAUACCAUUGGACAACGAAUCACUCCGAUAAAUAAACAAGUUUCAUCGCCGAAACCAUGGUAUAUUGCAAAAAAAGAUCCGAGAGAAAAUGUGAUCUAUGUGGUAGAAAGCUUUCGAUCGAUUUCAUCGUUAUCAUCAGUUUCAUUUCAGGCGCCUGGCACAAAUCAUCCAGCAUUAUUCACCAAAUCUUUCCAAACCGAGCUCCCGCAUUGGAUUCACAAUAUCCCAUCCGUAUUAAAACAAAACGGUGUCUAUCAAUGUGAUUUUCGCUUUCAACAUAAACAUCGUCCAUUACCUGUAAUCGUUUCAUUGGCAGACAAUGGCACUUUACAUGUAUCUCUACCCAUUCCAAUUCGUUCGAUAUGUCCAGGCCAGUAUGCUGUGUUCUACGAUGGAGCUGAAGUGCAAGGUGCUGCACGCAUCGCUCAUAGUGGUACAUCGUUAUACGAAAUGAAUUGGACAGAGCCAUUGAUCAAUUCAGAUUUGAUUUUAAAUAUGUGUUAG